AGCCGUGCAUUUCGGAGAUCAUUUUGGAGAAUUACACAAAGUAUUGACGACCGUCGUUAGCUAGCAGUAAGUGUGGCGUUACAUACGAUUACCAAGUUUCCUGUCCGUUUGUUUUUCUGUCGGUUGUCCGGUAGAUGGCGGUGCCACUUUUUCUAUAUGGUGUGGCGUUGUUAUGUGUUUUGUCCUAUUUUCCUCUGCUAAAACGUGUGUACGUUUAAGUGUUCGAGCAGAUAAUACAUUGCACGUUCACAAACGCCAGGGAUAUAAUUAAAGAUCAUGUUGUGUUUUAUCUCUAAUCUAGCUCUAGAGAAGAGACCCGUUUAGGCAUUGGACAGCUACUGCAGAGUUAACCCCCCUCAUCCCUAUUCAACAUACAGCGACUAUGGGGGAUUUGCAAACGCAGCUAACAUCUAUUUUGAACUCGCUUGUGAAAGUUGCUGUGGUAGAACUACUGAGGGUUGUACAGGAUAGUGCCGUUGAACUUCGUCUGGAGGUGUCCCAGAGUAAACUGGAAAACGAAGCACUGAAAAUUGAGAACGAAUCUAACCAAAAGAGGUUGAAGACUUUGGAAGCAGAACUGUCGACAGCGGAGAAUCGACGAUGUUCCUAUUGUCGUGUUGGAUGCUUCGGUUCCAAAACAGAUGAUGAAUAUGCUGAUGGUCCUAUUACAUUUUCAGAGGACGAUGAUGCAUCAUGGCUUCAACAAUCUGAAUCUGCUCAUACGGUGGAAAAGAUUACAGUAAUUGAGAAUGAUGAGAUGCAAUACCUAAUCAAAAAGGAACAGCACGUGGACAUACAUGGGAGGAAAGACACACCAGUUUCAUCAGAUGAUGAAAAUCAGCCUUGUCCUAAAGUGGACAUGGUGUUUGAUAAGGAGUGGAGCCAAAGCCUGUGGCAGGGUGGAGAGGCUUUCAAGGAGGAGGAGGAGGACUCUUCUGGCCUGGAAGAUGAAGACACUCCAGGUCCAUCAGCUACCCAUCGGCAGGUGAAGCCGAAUUGGGCUCAGAAAAGGCAGAAUGUCUGUGUAGUGACAUCCUCACUGAAGUCUGUCAUAGUUGAUGAACCAGACUCCUCAGAUGCUGGUAUUCAGAAACCGGAAGUGAAAUUGAGAAAACUGCUUGUGGCACUCACUCGAGUUAAAGACAGUGAGAAGGAUGACAAGAGAGAUGAUGCUUCUGAUCUUUCAAGCCCUGAGAGUGAGCCGAACAACACUGAAUUCAGCGAUACGGAGAACAUUAGUGACUUUGGAGGUUCUGAACCAGGAAGUCGUUUGACUUUUGAAGAAGACACCCACCACUUGGAUUUUCCAGACAGAAUUCUGUUUCCAAAACAUGUGAAGCCGCCUGGUGCGAUAGGAGCUGUGGACGCCCAAUCAGACUUUGAUGAAAUGAGCAGCUCACAAUGUUUGACUUUUGAAGAAGACCACCACCACUUGGAUUUGCCCGCCAGAAUUCUGGUCCCAAAACAUGUGAAGCCGCCUGGUGCGAUAGGAGCUGUGGACGCCCAAUCAGAUGUUGAUUUUGAUGAAAUGAGCAACUCACAAUGUAAAACAGACAGCAAAACCGAGGUGAAAAACUUGGGAAGAAAACGAGAGCGAAAAACUGGCUUAUAUACAGGCAAUGUCAAUUACUGUUUUGUUUGUGGGGAGCCCCAAGCAAAAUUCUCCCGCCACUUGAAACGGCAUGAGAAGGAGAAUGCUGAAAUUGCUUAUGUCCUAAGCCUCGACAUAGCCUCACGACAGCGAAAGGUGUUGCUGGAGAAACUUAGGAACAGGGGCAAUUUCCAACACAACACCAAUGUCAUAAAAAUGGGAGUUGGGUGUCUCAAAGUUAAAAGAAAAGCCAAACCUAAUAGUGCUGCCAAGAGGUAUGAACCUUGUCUUUACUGUAAGGGAAUGUUCGUGUGGCAAGAUUUACGAAGGCACAUGGGAAGAUGCCAUUGUAGACCAGAGGGCAAUGAUCAAAAGCCUCACUAUGGCAAGAAGCAGCUCAUACCACACAUUGAAACACAUUUAGGAGAUGGAACCUAAAUCCAAAAAAGAAAAAAUAUUAGAACAGAAACUAAGUGGUAUAUAAUGUUCUGAUAACAGAACCAAUUGUUUUUUAAUCUUGUUAACUAUUUGAUAAAAAUCUUUAUUGUUCCAAAACUGUCAGUGUUUCAAGCCAAACACCUUACAAUGCACACUGUCCGCUCGCUAGAGCUACUAAGGUUUUCUGCGUCUUGAAGUCCCUUCUCUUUCCUACGCGCUAGCUAAAACAAAUUGACGAGAAACUUAUAAUUGUGGUGUCCGGAUUCCCCAUUGUUUAUGACGCUUCUCUGGUUUCAUACAUACAUAACGUUAAACAAAGUAAAUUGCUAUUUGAACAAUGACAAAUCAUUGACUUGGUGUCGUCGUAAUACGUUUUCAGUAGUCACCGAAUACUUAUUAAUAUUUGCAGAGACGGGUGUUUCCCCUGUACUGGUAGGCUGGUUGUCGCUAGCAUAAAUUAGGAAAACAUGCCGCGCCCAAGGGGGCAUCGUGCACUCUAGGGAAGGCUCAGCGACAGCCAGAGAUUGAGCGAUUUGCGAGAAGAUCGAGCGGACAAUGUGUGCGUAGCGUUACAUGUCCAACCCUAUCACCCACCCUCACCCACGUGCAGUGCACUGUUACAGUGCUACAGAUAGCUGAGCAAAGAUUUUUGAAUAAAAAUAAUUACUUAUUGAAUUUGUUUUUUUCAUCAAUAAAAAAUAUGAAUUGGAUUUUAUUUUAUCAAAUUGGUAAUAAAAUUCUGAAAUGUUUUCACAUUUCACCUUUACCUAGGGUGGCAAUAAUUAUGGAGGGCAAUUCAUAAUAACACCGAUCAGCCAUAACGUUAUUAUCACCUGCCUAAUAUUGUGUAGGUCC